AUGGACAAUAAACACCAUACUUCAACUUCAAAACCUAAACACAAGAACAAGAUUUUGAAGAUGCUUCCCAAAGCCAUGUCGUUUGGUCAUCGGGUACCACCGUUUAGUCCGGGAAGAGAUCUCCACCACCAUCACCACAAUACUACGACGUCCUCCAACAAAGCGUUUUUCUCCGGUCCUAUGGUCCCUCUGGUUCCUAACGCGGCUCGGGUCAGAAGAGCCAAAAGCGACGCCGUUUGGGACGAACCAACUUCGCCUAAAGUCUCUUGCAUCGGUCAGAUCAAGCUCGUUAAGUCAAAACGCUGCUCUCCAAAGAAGAACAGAGCACCUCCGUCGUCGCAGAUUCCUAAAAUCCCCAAAACGCAGUCGUCUUUGACCAAAGACGAUGAAAAAAGUCAUCGUGUUUCGAAGAUCAAGCGAUUCUUCUCGUUUUCGGCGGCGGGAGGAGGAGGAGGAAACACGUCUAGAAAAUCUCACCACUCUGGCGCCGGCGCCGUCGCGGAUGAACAUCCGGUUGCGGUGGUUUCCGCCGCGGUUCCUUCGUUAGGUCAGAUGAAGAAAUUCGCGAGCAGUCGUGACGCUUUAGGUGGUUUCGAUUGGUCGGUUGAGUUGAAAGAAGAUGAAGAAUCUCCGGCUGAUCAUCGCCGUGGUUACUAUUCCGACGAUGAGAAGAAGAGAGGAAGCUCUUACUUUAGAGACGACAAUGAAGACGAAGAUGAAGAAGACGACAUAAUCAUCCCUUUCUCAGCUCCGUUGAGUUUGAAACCGAAGACAGAAGUUAACUUGUGGAAGAGAAGAACAAUGGAUCCACCAAAACCACUUCAUCUCAAAAUCUGA